AGGCGCCAUGAUUUUCCUGAGGAUGCGGCUAGAAAAUGGUCGCUUCCUGCUUGAAUAAAUGCGCAGCCGACAGGUGAAAGGUUCCCCGCUGUUUAAAGCUCGCAGUUGAAAACACGUGUUCGCUGGUCCCAGUAAAGACCAAAAUGGAUUUGUUGAUGUCAGAAAUGCCCAGAGUUUCGCUUUCGAAGCGGAGCAGAGUGAGCUAGGUAGCUAAUGCUAUCAGCGAAGCUAGCUCGGUGAGGCUAGCACAGGAUAAUAACCGGUUUUUAUCACAAAUAUUGACCGUUUGAUUCUGCUUGGUUAAAUGACAGAGGUGUUACAGGACCACAGCUAUCACCUUGAGGCUCCCUGCAGCUUCAGCAUGCUAAGACCGAUGGACUGUCAUUCAUUCGUGGUGUUCAGACGUGCUGAGGUCUCAUUGAGGUGUUUGGCUCCAGUGACAGGUAUGACCCGGUUCUGAUUUGGACACUCCUGGUGAUGGCAGAAGGGACUUACACUGGCGAAAUGCCCGCCUUUGACCCAAGUCCUGGAGGUUCUGAAGCUAAAAAGAGACCCAUUUCAUCAGAUGGCAGAGACGAACCCAUGAGGAAAAUGCCUUUGACAAAGUUUGGACCCCAACCUCGGUUUGAGCCUGUGCACUUUGUUAGCGGUGGGAGCAGCGGAGGAACCGGCACCGAUGAAAAGGAGAACGAUAAGGAGCGCAGGAAGAGUGAGUCGCACGGUGCCAGACCGUGGGAGUCCCACCACUCUGCCGCCAGCGACUGGGCGCAGGGCUUCUCCUCCCUUAGGCCCGCUUUCGACCGAGUGCCGUCGCACUCGGGUGACUUUUGGGGUUCCCACAAGGACAGAGACGGUUCCUCAGGUAGCACUAGUGGACUGGGUUAUGGAGGCCGCGGGUCGUCUUCAAACUACAUGGCGAAAACGCAUCAGGACUACACUGCCAAGUAUGUAGCACACGCCUCCGCUCACAGCUUAAACUCGUACUCGAAGCCGCAGAGGUUCAAUGGCUACGGCGGCGGCAGCAGAGCCAGCAGCUGGGAUUUGGGUCGUCAGGGUUUGGGUUAUGGCCAUCAGGACCGGCCUUUCAGCAGAGUCUACAGUGGCCCAGGCGCGGCCAGUCCCAAAGCAGCAGAGUCUGCGAAGCCUCUUCCGAUAUCUCACUUCACGUUAGAGGAGAAGCAGAGGCUGAUCACCAGUGUUGCCAACGCGUUGUCCGUUGCCUUCAGGAACCCUGUGUUGAUGACAGGAAGCGACUCACCAAACUACAACUUCAUGUUGAGCCGCAGCAUCCAGGCCUGCAAGACCAACCCGGAGUACAUUUAUGUCAACCUGAAGGAUAUCCCGCAGGCGGACCUGCCAAAGAACAGGAAAGUGCCAACUGACGGCUACGCCUGUGAACUGAGAUGUCAGGGCGUGUAUCUGGCAACCGGCUAUUCCGGCAGCAAAAACGGCGCGAGAGACCGCGCAUCCGAGCAAGCCGUGAAGCUCUUUCUGAAGCCGGUGGAGGUCCGCAUCGUGCAGCGACGAUACAGGCACCUUGUGGUCAGUGACAUGGUCGUGUGCCAGACACACAGCCCGACACCUGCGUUCCUGCCGGCACUCCGAAACCCAGAGGACAAGCCGACGCCGGGCUCCAAGGGCCAACAUGAGCCCGACAGAAACAAGCACUGGACCGAGUUUGUGGUGAUGGACAAUGCGUACGAUGCCAUCUGCAUUCUCAACAACUCCAAUGCCUUCAACCGCAUGAAGAUUGACUACAAGUUUGUCCAGCUGCCCAGCAACCUGUGGCAGUGCAGCAUCUUCCUGCAGGACGAGCUGAUAGCGCAGGCGACGGGGACGAAGAAGAGUUCCAAACAUGCCGCCGCCGAGGAGGCCGUGAGGAAGCUUCGCCUCAACCAAGCACAACGGCAGCCCUGGCAGAAACAGUCCUUCAGAAAUAAUCCGCAGGAUUCUGGCAACUGCUUCUCGCCACAGUCAGAUGGCGAUUCCUUUGGAGUCAGAAAGAAACAACUGAGCGAGCUUGUGAUCUUGGAGAAUAACGACAACGCCAUCUGCAUCAUCAACGACACGGCUCAGUUUAACAAAGUGACCGCGGAUUACAGAUUCUCGGUUUUGCCCGAUCAUCACUGGAAGUGCGAAGUUUACUUGGAAGGGCAGUACGUCGCAGCGGGAAUCGGGCCGAAGAAGUUAGUGAAGCACAUUGCGGCGAAUGAGGCGCUGUCCACUUUACGACAGACUCAGGCGGUCGUCAAGUCCAACUUGAGGAAGGAGGGACACAAUGGCGCCAUUUCACGCUCUCAGAUCCUCGCUCGCUCAGGCGAGGAUGCGCUGAAGCAGGAGAUCAAGGAAGACAACAUCGGAAACCAGCUGCUUCGUAAGAUGGGCUGGAAAGGUGGCGGCCUCGGGCGGGAUGGCGACGGCAUCGCCGAGCCAAUCAGAGUCAAGGAGCAGUUCUCCAGGGAGGGUCUGGGCAUGGAAAUGGUUAAAACGGGAAACCUGCUCAGCAAGCGGGACAUUGAGGACGUCAUCCGCAAUUACGCUAGCUCGGACAGAACGGACGACCUCCGCUUCUCCAACGAACUCACUGACGACGAGCGCAAGCAGAUUCACCAGAUUUCCCAAAAAUACGGCCUGCGCAGCAAGUCCUAUGGACAGGGAUGGGACCGGUUCCUGGUCGUCAGUCGGAAAGUACACAAAGACCAGCUGAUUGGUCAGCUUUUACAGGAAGGACAGGUGGGCCGAUACGAGCUUGUCAAGCCUCAGGCGUCUCAUUAAACUGCAUGAAAAUAAAUUGGAAAUUUCCUCGGAGUUGGACUUCAAAGCAUAUCACAGCAAGGCCCGGUUCUGACAUGGCAGCAGCAUGCGUCCUGGCUUUAAAUUUCACCAUUUAUACCUUGUGUUAGGGAUCAUUUAGCUGCUUCACAUGUAGCACUACACACAGUUUGCAUCAAAUGUUACAAUGACCAUUCAUUUUGCUGUUAUAUGGAUAAUGUUUCAAGAUAAAAUAGCACAAAAAAAGAACUUUUGUAAACAAGACUUGCGUGAACAAAGUUUGAAAUUGUGGAUUAAGAAUUACACAUUUUGGCUCAAAUUUAUACAAACAGCUCUUUUAGCUUCUAGUUAAUUUACAAAAACAUAUUGCUUUCCAAAUUUUAAUUUAAGUUUUAGCUUAAUUUUACCAGGAUAAUUCAUCGCUCUUGUUGGAAUUAGUAAAGUUCAUUAAAAUUAGAUGACCUUCUGCCACUGACCUAAUUUUUAUUUUAUUUUUUAAGCAUAAUCCACAUAUUUUCAAAAUCUCUUUAUCCCAGUCCCAACAUUGAUACUUGAAAACUUUCCAUCCCUGAUGAAAUGUAAUCGGUGAGGAGAUUCAAAAACCAUGAAAACCACCAAAUAUAGAAGAAACACCUUAAAAUUUAAAUUAAGUUUUCUGCUCAAUAAAGACAAAGAUUUGAGCUACCCUGCAAAAACACAAAAUUUUACCAAGUAUUUUUGAUCUAAUUUCUAGUAUGAGUGAAAUAAGACAAAACAUACAAGUAACUUUUCAGCAAGAAAUUGUGUUUUAAGUAAAUAAUUUCUUAAUUUUGAUUUAAAAGAACAACUAUUUAUUUGGCAAAUUGUUUCACUUAUAACAAGACAUUUUUCUCAUAAGUGAAAUCAUCUACCAGAAGAAUUAGGAACCUUUUCAUCAACAUCAAUGAAUUGUUUACUCAAAUCAAUCUUGUAUAUCCUGCUGAAAAGUGGCUUGUAAGUUAGGUUUGUCUCAUUUCUGUUGUACUAAGAUAUUUGGAAUAGAAAGUAGACCAAAAAUGCUUGGUCAAAUUUUGUGUUUUUACAGUGUAGAUCUGAUUGAGACAUCAGAGCACCGCCAACUGAUGGUGACAACAUCAUGGUAAGGAAAAGUAGGGGUCCGGAAAGAUGUCAGCUUUAUUGACAACUCAUGAACUAUGCCUAAAAGGUCAAUCUCAAGGUCAUUCCAGGUCAAUGCCAGGAACUAUUUGUAAUAACGAGGCAUCAUGCAGAAAGUUUGAGUGCUACAAAAAGUGAGAUUUCUCUCCAACUUACUCAGGGACAAUUAACCAAAUAUUCAAACAUGUAUGUAUAUAUUUGAGCCUGAAUAUGGAAUUAAAGUAAAACUGGGGCUGGGCGAUAAAUCAGUUUUAUUGAUAAUUGAAUUUUCUUUUUUUGAAGAUGUAAUUUUCACCAUUUGGUCUCCAUGGUUCAGAGUGACGUCAGCACGCCCAGGGCGGCCAUCUUGUUUGACUAGUUUGUGUCAUUUACUUUGAAUUCUGGUGAACUUACAGAAUGACCGAAAUAAGUAAUUUUUUUUUAAAGAUCUUCUCUUUCAUUUGUAUUAAAAAAAAAAUCAAAUUUUGGUUUAAAAAAAUUGAAAAUUAAAUUUUUAAGCACUAAUUCAAACUUCUGGACCUCAUUCUUGUUCUUAAAAUCAUUAAAUAUUUUCUUAGCAUCCUUUUGGGAAAAAAAAGAGAUGAAAAUAAAUAAAUAAAAGCUCAAGAUGAAUGUUCAUGAAAGUGCGAGUGCAGUACAGAGAAGGGAAACCCAAUUUGAAGGAAACCAGAUGUGAUUGGACCAGCCAGGACCAAAGCUGAUGCCCGGUCUGAAUCGGGUCCAACUGCAAAAACACAGAAUAUCACCAAAUGUUUCUGACUAGUUUCUAGAUAUUUUAACAUAUUUGAAAUAAGACAAAAUUAAGAUUUGAUUUUUGGGAAAUGUGGGAUUUUUUUAUUUAUUUUCCACCAGUUUACUCUUUAUGUUUCCAUAGCUCAGACUGAUGCCAGCGGCGGCCAUUUUGUUUGACAAGUAUGUUUUAUGACUGAAUAUUAGGGCCAGUCUAUGAUUUAUUUUAAUUACGGUAAUAGUCAUAUUUGGAAAGCGAAAUCAUAAUUUUUAGAACUCAAAUAAAAAAAUUUGUUAAUGGUUUUCCAGAUAAGUGAGUCCUUAAUCUUUUGACAUAUCAGCAUCAAAUUACUAUCAGCUGCAGGACUUUGAAACGAAGACGAAUCACAGCUAGUCAUGACAGAUCUGGAAGCUUUUCUUUUUCUAAUUAAAGCUUUUUUUUCCCCUCCUAAUUUCAAGACGUUUUCUGGUAAAAUUGUGUAUCAUAACUAUAUUCUCAAAAACAUUUUUGUAAGCCGGGCCCUAAUACUCUGUUGUACAACUCACAGAAGAGACAAUAAUAAAAAACACUUUUGAAAAAACACUGUUUUUAGAAAACAAGAAAAAUUUAAAUUAGGUUUAGUAUGAAAAAAGUCUGAUUUUAUUUUAAAUUCAUAUCAAUCAGCCAUAGAAGUAGCUUUUCGGCAGUGCAAAGGAGCAUAUUUAAGUAAAUAAUUUCUUAAUAUUGAUUUGAAAAGAAGUCCACUGGCAGAUUAUUUCACUUAUAAGAGAGAAAACAUUUUAUAAGUGAAAUAACCUGCUAGUGGAACUAUCACUUUGUCAUCAAUAAUAAAGAAAUAUUUACUUAAUACAAGCUAUGUUUUUCUGAAAAUUUUCUUGGAAGCUAUUUUGUCUUAUUUCAAAUGUACCAAGAUAUUUGUAUUAGAAACUAGACCAAAAAUACUUGGUACUUUUUGGUGUUUUUGCAAUGAAAAUAUACCUGCCAUUUCAAAUUUGCAUGGGACAAAUUUGCAAUUUGUUUCAGCAAAUCUAAGAAACGAAAUGUUUUUUGACAUUCCUUCACCGAUAGCUGACUGGAGGGUGAGCAGUUACCGUCUCCAGACCUCAUCUUUUCAGUUUUUUAUUGCAGAAAAUACCUCGUUCAGUUAUAUUCAGUUUUUAAAAAUUGGCUUUGUGAAGGUUUCUGUGUGACUGUUAAAUAAACCCGGCAGAGUACGCAGCUUUUCUUUGUUUGAAAACACUGUAGACGGUUCACUCAUGUAAGACCUGGAUUAAAGCGGCAUUAAAAUCUUAACUGUAGCUCAAUUCAUAUCAGCCUUACUGUGGUAAUGCACCUGUAUUCAGGAAUGUUUUCAUUUUUUUAGUUUUUGCUUUCAAUUCAGUUACAAACCAUUCUACCAGCUGCAUCAGUGAUCCCAAAAACAACAUUUAUGUAGAAUCUGUGAUCUUAAUUGUUAGAUGGUUGUUUGUAUGAGUACACCUAACCUGUCUGCUUGUUUUGACAGCUUUACGUAAUAAAUGAAAAAUAGUCAAGCUGAA